UAUGCUCUAGUUUGCACUUUACAGCGGAUAAAAAAAAAAGUUUGCACUUUGCAGUUUACACCAUCAGUCAGGUCGCUGCAAGUGUGAGGAACACGGCCAUGGCCAUGGUGGCGGCGGAGGGAGAGCUCGAUCUCGGGGUUCCGUCGUGUCUCCGCUUGGUCUCCGCCUUCCUCGCCAUGGAACCAGCCCACGUAUUGAUCUCCUUGGCUCGGGACUGUGGUGGAGGUUCGAUCACGGAUAGGGUACAGAGAUUCAUUUGGGACCACUGCAUUAGCAAAGCUGACGGAAAUUUCCAUGUACCAUACUUGAAAAGUGUUCUGAAGAAGAUUAUUGUCGAGGUUGAAUCCCAUGGUUUUGAAGUCUUGGAUGAAUUGUAUGAACGGAUAGCCUUUUACAUGACUUCAGUGAAGGCUGAUGAUUCUGCGGAAGAAAACUCAAGGAUCUUCAAGUGCAUUUCGUUUCUCUUUCCUGACGAUUGUUAUGAGCUUCCAAGCUGCCCCAAAGCAAGGAAGCUGGUGGUUACACUGCAUUGUUCACUUAACAUGCUUGAAGGUGACACUGGGAGACGAAGGGAAUGGCCUGGUGAUGAACACUUCCUAACCAGCCUAGAAGCACGGUUGCUACCCGGCUUUGUUGCUACCUUAAGUCUCAGGUGUUCGGUUUGGCCUUCAAGUCUUCUGUUAUCAGAAUUCAUACUUUCCUGCCCGGAAAUUUUCUCCAAUAAAUCUUGUUUUGAGGUUGGUUCAGGUGUUGGUUUGGUCGGCAUAUGUCUUGCCCACGUAAAAGCCUCCAAGGUCAUGUUAAGUGAUGGUGACCUUUCAAGUUUAGAAAAUAUGAAGCUUAAUUUGGGGUUAAACCAGCUGAGCACCGGAGUAGAUACUUUAGAAAGAAGUGACGAUCCAAAUUUGGUAACAUGUGUUCAUCUGCCUUGGGAAUCUGCCACAGGAUGUGAGCUUCAAGACUGCAUGCCCGAUAUAAUUUUGGGUGCAGAUGUAAUUUAUGAUCCACUGUGCCUUCCUCAUCUUGUUAAAGUUCUUGCCUUUCUCUUGAGCCGUGGAAAAUCACUCUCUCAUCUCUGCAACAGAAGCUGCAAUAGCAUUCUAUCGCGUAGAGUACAAAUCAAUAGUGCUACGAGUAGCAGUGGCUCUGAUAAUCUGGACAAAGCAAUGGAUGAUGGUCUGAAUGUUGAAUAUGCAUCCAAGAAAGGUCCCCUGGCUUUUAUUGCUUCUGUCAUACGCAAUGUUGAUACGUUCGACCGCUUUCGUGCAUUAGCAGAUGAGGCAAACCUCAGUGUUGAGGAUGUGACUGAGAAAUUUGUGCUGUUUAAUUUGCUUCCCUACCUGCAGUCUUACCCUCGAUCAAGUGUACGAUUGUUUACUCUUACCCAUUUAUCAAACUAACUCAACAUUUUUUUUUGAAA